CUGCGCCUGCGCAGUUGGUUUGGCCGGGGGCGGGCUGACUGUCGGUGGCGCUAACCCGCUGAGCUUGUUCCUGCGGGGUCUGGGUUGCUGACCGCGCCCAGGUUCCCUCACUUCAUGAGACGCCGGUGAAGCGGGCCUCUGGCCGACUUUCCUCAGGAUGGAGCACAUCCGUACGACCAAGGUUGAGCAAGUGAAAUUACUUGACCGAUUCAGUACCAGUAACAAGUCAUUAACAGGAACACUGUAUCUUACGGCCACACAUCUAUUAUUUAUAGACUCUCAUCAGAAAGAAACCUGGAUAUUGCAUCACCAUAUUGCCUCAGUGGAGAAACUGGCUUUGACAACUUCUGGAUGCCCACUUGUGAUUCAGUGCAAGAACUUCAGAAUUGUGCAUUUCAUUGUUCCCAAAGAAAGAGAUUGCCAUGAUAUUUACAACUCUUUGCUACAACUGUCAAAACAAGCAAAAUAUGAAGAUCUCUAUGCAUUCUCUUAUAACCCCAAACAAAAUGACUCAGAACGCCUGCGAGGUUGGCAGCUUAUUGACCUUGCCGAGGAAUAUGAGAGGAUGGGUGUGCCAAAUUCAAACUGGCAGUUGUCUGAUGCCAACCGAGAAUACAAGAUUUGUGAAACUUAUCCAAGGGAACUUUAUGUUCCCCGAAUAGCAAGCAAACCAAUAAUUGUUGGUAGUUCCAAGUUCCGGAGCAAGGGAAGAUUUCCAGUUCUUUCCUACUAUCAUCAAAAUAAGGAGGCUGCCAUUUGUCGAUGUAGUCAGCCACUGUCAGGAUUCAGUGCCAGGUGCUUGGAGGAUGAACAUUUGCUUCAAGCCAUUAGUAAAGCUAAUCCAGCCAAUCGCUAUAUGUAUGUCAUGGAUACCAGGCCCAAACAUCGGGUGCAGAGCUGGUGGGCUACACAAAAGAACAUUGGCAGAGUUAUAGUGAGGAUUUCUUCGAAAAUCUGGAAUGAUGAGAAAAUAAGAGAAAGCAAUGAAAAACAGCGACUGAAUGCAAUGGCCAACAGAGCAGCUGGAAAAGGUUAUGAAAAUGAAGACAACUAUUCUAAUAUUAGAUUUCAGUUUGUUGGAAUUGAAAAUAUUCAUGUCAUGAGGUCAAGCCUUCAGAAGUUACUGGAAGUUAAUGGUACCAAAGGGCUUUCUGUCAAUGAUUUCUACUCUGGUUUGGAAAGCUCAGGAUGGCUUCGCCAUAUCAAAGCUGUCAUGGAUGCUGCAAUCUUCUUAGCCAAAGCAAUAAUGGUUGAAAAUGCAAGUGUGUUGGUACAUUGUUCUGAUGGCUGGGAUAGGACUUCCCAGGUUUGUUCCCUUGGCUCUCUUUUAUUGGAUUCCUACUACAGAACAGUCAAAGGAUUCAUGGUUUUAAUAGAAAAGGAUUGGAUCUCCUUUGGACAUAAAUUUUCAGAGAGGUGUGGCCAUUUGGAUGGUGACCCAAAGGAAGUCUCACCAGUGUUUACUCAGUUCUUGGAAUGUGUGUGGCAUUUGACUGAACAGUUUCCACAAGCCUUUGAAUUCAAUGAAGCAUUUCUCCUUCAGAUCCAUGAACAUAUUCAUUCAUGCCAAUUUGGAAACUUCCUUGGAAAUUGUCAGAAGGAAAGAGAAGAACUCAAGUUAAAGGAGAAGACUUAUUCCCUGUGGCCGUUUCUUCUGGAUGAUCUAAAGAAGUACUCGAAUCCUCUCUAUAGUUCCAAAUCUCAGAAAUUCGCUGUUUUGGAGCCAAAUACAGUAUCUUUCAAUUUUAAGUUUUGGAGAAACAUGUACCACCAAUUUGAUCGAACAUUGCAUCCCAGGGAAUCUGUGUGUAACAUAAUUAUGAAUAUGAAUGAGCAAAAUAAACAGUUAGAGAAAGACAUUAAAGACUUAGAAUCUAAAAUCCAUAAACACAAAAGUGAGCAAAUCGAUGGAGUUCUCUCCAAGGAAUUGCUACAUUCAGUUCGUCCAGAGUCACCUACCCUCAAAACCUCCCUGUGUUUUAAGGAGCAAACUUUGCUACCUGUGAAUGAUACUCUUCGAACUAUAGAGGGCAGCAACCCUGCGGAUAAUCGCUACAGUGAAUAUGCUGAGGAGUUUUCCAAAUCCAAACCUGCUGUAGUCAGCUUAGAGUAUGGUGUGGCAAGAAUGACUUGUUAGACUCAGAGUAUUUUCUGGACUAACUGUAGCGCAGCAAAUGGUUUAUUGUGAGGAUGAUCUGUGUACAUGACCAAAAGGAAUUUGUCUAAUAAUGAUCUAAUAAAGAGUGUAACAGUAGGUUAAUAGUUGAAGGAAGGAUAAUAACUGCUCUUGUGAGAGAAGUAAGUCAGUGUAACUGCAUUUCUAACAAGGAAUGACUUUCAGUUUGUUAAGAAACAAAUGAUAUUGGCAAAUCUAUUCAAAACAAUUUGCAUUGUAUACUAGCAAACUGACAUUUCUAUAUGUUUUAUAUGUUAAUUAUAGCCAAACAGGAAUUGCCUUAAGUAUAAUUUAAUUGCCAGUAAGCAAAACUUGACAAGACAGUUCCUUAAUAAUUGAUAUGGCAUGUUCUUUCGAUUAUAUAACCAUGUGACUAUGAAUAUUUACAUAUUUUACCUGUUAGUCAUGUUUAAUGUUGAAGUGCCAUGAAAAAUAUUUCUAAUAAAGACUUAAAAUCUCAGUUCAUUCUUUACUCUAAGGUUUUAUAGCCCGGAGCAAGACUUCUUGUUUGGUUCUCUUUUGCCAGCCGUGUUGUAUCUGUGUAGGUUGCGCCCUCGUCACUGCGGGCCCUGCAUGCUGCCGCGCUCCGACAGAGUCCUGCUCCGCUCGUGGUUGCCUCGUCCCACUUCCAUGGUCAGAAUUAAUGAAACUGCAGUUUUUAUUCCGAUUACAGUUUGCUUAGCCCUACAUUUGAUGACUUACUAUUUAUAACAUAGGUUAUUGAUUUUUUCGAAUGUUAAGCACAUUUGACUGUCUUUCUGUGUAUGAGUUACUGCACUGUUGAUUCUUAUUUUGUGGUUGGCUUUGUUCCUUUGAUAACUAUGUAAUUUAAAAAA